CUCUCUCUCUCUCUUGCUCUGAGUCUGUUUUGCACUUUUGCUUGCUGAAGGAGCUAAGGAGGAUUGAAUUACGGAGAGAUGACGAUGCUGCAGGUUUCAGGUGUCAUUACCGAUGCAUUAGUGGUUUUCCCUUCCACUGGGGUUCACAAGUCCCUAGAAUCUAAGAGUUUUCCGGCCUUCUCAGAUGCCAAGUCUCUUCUUUCCGGUGGAAUGCUCAAGAAAUGCUCAUCCUUUAGUAUUCUGAGGGUUGGAAGUGGUAUGGAGAAGUGCCGGAUGAGGGGCUUAACAGUGAGAGCAUCAGGAAAUUCUGGCGAUAACAUGACACCAGUUGCACCUCUUCAAUUUGAAUCUCCGGUGGGUCAGCUUUUGGUGCAGAUAAUGCAAACCCAUCCACACCUACUCCCUGCAGCAAUUGAUCAGCAGCUUGAGCACCUUCGAACUGAUCGAGAUGCACAGAAAGACGAGGCAUCAUCAUCAUCCUCUCAAGAUUUCCUCUACAAGUAUGUUUGUGAUUUUUCUACUUUGUUAUGUUCACUAAUUUUGUGUCUUUGGACCAAGGCUCUAGCUUUCCAUUGGCUUUGUUGUUGGAACUGCGCAUUUCACUGAACAAAAAUCAAUUAU